CAGGCCCGCGGAAAUGGGCGAACAUAAUCUCCUUAAUCCUGGGUUUGUGGGACCGUUGGUGAACAUCCAUACGGGAGACACCUUCUAUUUCCCCAAUUUCCGAGCCUCCGGAGGACAGCUGCCCGGCUUGCCGUCUCUCUCCUACCCAAGAAGGGACAAUGUCUGUUCUUUGCCCUGGGCAUCCUCAGAACCCUGCAACGGAUACCCCCAGCCCUAUCUCAGCAGCCCCGUGUCCAUUAACCCUUCCUUCAGCCGAGCCUGCGACCUAGCUAGAGUGGAAGAGAGCAAGUGCUACUAUAGGGAGGCGUGCUCCGAGAACGCUCCCCUCAAAAGGGAAGAGAGGGUUAGGGACAAUGCCUUGAUGCCUCUCGAAUCGGGGAUCCCCAAUGGAAUGAGCGGCAGUUUCGGCAAAUUUGACUAUCCGGCUCCCGAGGCGGUGCCCCACGAUCCCCCCUCUUGUCAGUCUUUGGAGUCAGACUCCAGCUCCUCCUUACUCAAUGAAGGCAAUAAGGGCGCCACCAGCGAGCCGUCCACAAUGGUUUCCCCUAUCAACCAAGGAAGCAAUCUUUCCGCUGGGGGUGCUCCCUGGUACCCGAUGCACACAAGGUCCCGGAAAAAGCGAAAACCCUAUUCUAAACUACAGCUAGCGGAGCUGGAAGGGGAGUUUAUGGUCAAUGAAUUCAUUACUCGCCAAAGAAGGAGGGAGCUUUCAGAUCGGUUAAACCUGAGUGACCAGCAGGUGAAGAUCUGGUUCCAGAACCGGCGUAUGAAAAAGAAAAGACUCCUCCUGAGAGAGCAAGCCCUUUCCUUCUUUUAAAGUUCAGACAAGUCCGCUAUCGGGUAAAAAAAACAGAGACUCUCCGGCCUCCUUCAUCACAACUGGUGGUACCGGGACUCUUACCUGAUCUGGUUUGAAUAGCCAGUUUAGAUUGUUAUUAUUUUUUCCUUUAAGACAAAACAAACCAACAAAAGUCAGUAUCCUUAAAAAAGAAAAAGAAAGCCAUCAAACAACUGGCGUGUCUACGUUAUAAGUGUGUGAUUGAGAAAGUAUGAGGGGAUGGAAUGCUUCUCUUCCACUUCUGGACCUGUUGGGGAAGAACCAAAUGUGAAUGCGCAGAAAGGAACCCCCCAUUCAUCAAUCAGCGUGGCUUUUCUAAUGUAUGGUUCACAAAGAUUUGUCAGUCAGUGUUGUUGAGUAUGUUCUGAAUGUGAGUCUUGAGCCCGACACUCUCGCUCUUAUUAUCCGUGUGCGAGCAUUCACAGGUAGGGUUUCCCCCUCUAAGCAACAGGGUUCCCUGUUUUGUGUGGGGCAGAGUGAGGGAGGGUCUCGAUUGCCUUGGCUUUGGCUUUGUUCGGUCGGUAACCCGGUCCUCAGCAAGAGAGCAUUCCAGGGAGCAAAGAUACUGUCCUAUAUAUAUCUCGGUUUAGUGUGUUGGGAUUUUUCAUUCUCUGGAGUAAAAGCUUAAGUGGAUGUGGCAUUCACCUUAAAUCAACCGUAACCAUUCUGAUGGAGAAUGGCGAGCCAGUGUUUUAUGUUUGCCAGGGUUUAUUUUCAGGGCACAUUGGGCGGAAAAAAGUUUAGUACCUAGAUAGAGGCUUGUAGCGUAUCUAUCUCGAUAAUAAUAGGGGUGUCCAAUAUUUGGAACUUCGAGGUUCAGCUGGCUGCCCCCGUGCUUGGGGGGGGGAAAAUAUAUGGGUGCUUUACUCGGAUGCUCUUCUGGGGGAAAGUCGAGCUGAGGAUGGAAUUUUGUAGACAUCUACUCCCAAGGCUUUUCCAAUGGCAGGCUGUGCCCACACACACGCUUCUGAGGAUGCCCACUGUACCUAGACCUAGUGUACCUAGUGGGAAUACUUUCAAGUAAACAACGCCUAUGAUUGGGCUGCAAAACACCAAAAAAGGGGGGGACCCACCUCGAGUUAAUGCAAUACCCCAUAAAGUGAGAAAUGAUUUUUCAUGUUAGGGUAUUAUAAAAAUGCAACCUUUUCAGAGGCUACAGCUGCAAUCCUAUACUCCUUGGCAUGCUGGAGUUUAGCAGAGGGGCUUACUUCAGAGUAGACCUGUGUAGAAUUGCGCGUCCCUCUCGCGUCCCUAGUCCAGUCAAGCCGCCUGCAUGAGUCUCCCCUGUCCACCACCCCAUAAGCGGAACAGAACGCUUAACAAUAAUUUCAAAUUGUGUUUUGAUAAUAGCUCCACUGAAGGAGACUUUGUCCCGCUUAUUAUGCUACUGUGUUUAUUGAUGAUCAAGAUGGUGGCGAGGGGCGGUGGGGGGGGGAUGCCCCCUUUUAUACAUUAACUAUAGUGGCAGCCCCUUGGAGCUAAUUAAGCUAUUAAUAGCUUCCCUCCUUCUAAGAUAGAGAGAUCUCUCCUGGCAUUAAAAACGUUUUCUUUAAUGGUGGCUAUUUUCGAAAUGAAUGAGAUGUUUCUCCUCUACCUCCACCAACCCCUCCCCUCUUUUAAUCUUCCUCAUAUUUAGUUAAUUUUUAUUUUUAAUCACGGCAGUUCUCCCUUAAGAAUCAAUAAUUCUCUCUCUCUCUCUCACACACACACACACUCACUCACUCACACACACACACUUAUUUUCAUUCCUGAUUUUUCAUAGGCAGCAGUUGAUGACUCUGAACAUUUAUGGGGUGUGUCGCCUUAUUCCCCCCCCCACUACAGCCACAAAAACACACGCAUUCUGCUUUGGGGGAUAUACGGUAAUUUCUGCCCAACGCAUCUAUUCAUCCGUCUAACUCCCACCCCCACCGCCGGUUCCCCUUUGUACUUUCCGCGGUACAGAACAGCCCCAGAGCAGGCAAGGGGAAACGCAGAGCGGGUUGCCUUGUCGGUCAGCUCCUGCCUCAGACAACCAUUAGAUUUCCUAAUAGCUCUGCCAGGCUUGGGCAUUGCUUAAACUCCCAUUCCUUAAAUUCCCACUCAAUGCGGGGAGGAAGGCGCGCGGGGAGGCGGGAGACAAGGCUUGCUGCAACCGUCAAAGUAAGCCGACAGGAAUCUCUCUCCCUCUCAGCCCGUUAAAUGAUUGACUUGGGAGUAAGUUCCCUUGAUAUUCCUGGUACUUAUUCCAUCGGGGUCCAGGAACCUAUUCUCGUUCUGUUCUGCUGGUUUCCUAAUUGCAUACUUU